UGCUAGUUUUAAAUAUACGUCUGUGACAAUCUAGUUAUUUUACUAUCCUUUGUCGAAAGGUUUUAUAGUUCAGUUUUGUGUUUCAUUAACAUAUAACUUGAUUUAGUCACGAUAUGGUUGAAAUAUUGCCGAUGUGACUAUAAACUCACUCACUCACUUAUAACUUGUAUCUAAUUCUUUCAUCAGUAUUUUUUUUUAUGAUCAGUAACUAUUUGUAUAUAAAUUCCUUUUUAGAAGUUUAAAGAAUUUCCAGUGAUGUGAUUGGUUUAUUUGCGGUUCACAUGACCCGUUCAUUUUUCAACAAACAUCAUUAAGUGAUGUUAACAAAGAAUAGACGUCACCUUUUGACAUUUGCAUGAUUUUUGACCUGAACUAUAUAUACAACUUCUCAAUGUCUUUCAUUUCAUUUGUUAACAUUUUGAACAGAAGAAAGCAUGGUCUCAUUAUUAGUAUUUAUCAUCUACAGAACUGCAGCGUGGCUGGUCGCAGAGCCUUGAUGGUCAACAACAAGUAAAACAACAUCGUGUAGCUAUCUUCAUUUGCAUUAGUGUGUUUUUAAUUGACGACACUCCAAGUCAUAACCAUGCCCAGCACCGCGGGAGAUGUUACAGACCCAACGAUUCCUAUGGCGACGGGGAAUACCCAAGGAGGAGGUAGAAGUGCACCUUUAAGACAGAGAGAAUCAUGGCAUAGACAUCUGGACUACAUGUUAACAAUGGUCGGCUACAGUGUCGGAUUAAGCAACCUGCUGAGGUUCCCCUAUAUCUGCAACAGAAACGGUGGAGGAGCUUUCUUGAUCCCGUUCAUCGUUUGUGUUCUGAUCGCUGGGUUCCCAAUGUUUUUCCUUGAGUCGGCAAUCUCUCAGUUCUCGGGAAAGGCUGCCAAACAAAUGUGGAGCUUUUGUCCCAUGUUCAAAGGAAGUCCAAAGAAGCACAUGCUGUUUGAGCCCUGGCGUUGUCCUGUUGGAAAGUAUGUAGCUCUUGGUGUUGACGGAACCAAGGGACAACCAGGGAUUGGUAUUGGGUCUGUACUUCUUACAUUCGGCUAUAUGCCCUAUUACAACCUCUAUCUGGCCUGGCCCAUCUACUACAUGUUGAAGACCUGCUCCAGCGUCCUGCCCUGGACAACAUGUGGCAACAGCUGGAACUCCGACCUGUGUGUUGAUGAUGUGAAUGCAGGCAGUAACAUGUCAGCCCUGGCGGGGAAUACUUCAGAUACAAUCACUGCAGCCGAGCUGUGGGAAAAUGUGACACUGGCUCACACACCUGCCGAGGAAUUUUGGCAGUACAAUGUACUGAGCAUCUCUAGUGGUAUAGAUGACGUUGGAGCUGUACAGUGGCACAUAGUUGGAUGCCUGUUUGCUUCAUAUGUACUGGUCUUUCUAUGCCUAAUUCGUGGAAUCAAGUCUGCUGGCAAGGUUGUCUAUGUGACCGCACUGCUGCCAUACAUUCUUCUUGUCUCCAUCUUUAUCACGACGCUGCUUAAACCUGGAGCUACAGACGGCUUACUAUACUACUUCGUACCGGAUUUCUCACAACUACUUGACAUACAGGUGUGGCUGGAAGCGUGUUUGCAGGUAUUUUUCUCACUGGGACCUGGAUGGGGAAUGAUUAGUACCGCUGCAAGCUACAAAAAGUUCAACGAACCUUGUCUCAGAGAUUGCCUCAUACUGACCAUAGUAUCAGAGGGAACCAGCAUCUUUUCUGGUUGCGUGACGUUUGCUGUUCUUGGGACAAUGGCACAGAAAACGGGUGUCCCUAUUUCCGAGGUAGUUUCGACAGGUCCCGGUUUAGGAUUUGUAACCUAUCCAGACGCUCUAGCACAACUUCCAUUGCCGCAGCUGUGGUCAUUCAUGUUCUUUCUGAUGUUGUUGAUGGUUGGUUUAGAUUCGGAGUUCAUGGGCGCUGAGGUAGUCAUUACUGCUUUGGUUGAUCAGUACCCACGACACUUGGGCAAGAGGAGGAUGCUGGUAACAGCAGGAGUUUGCUUUAUAUCAUUUCUUCUUGGAAUCGUUUUCUGCACGCAGGGAGGGCCGUACAUGUUCCAGCUGUUAGACUGGUAUGAAGCCUCUCUUGCACCCAUGGUUUUCUGCACAUUGGAGUGUGUUGCAGUGGGGUGCAUAUAUGGAAUCAGACGAAUGAGCAAUGACGUUGAGAUGAUGCUUGGAAAUCGACUGUCACCACUUGUGAAGAUUCUCAUAGUUUUUGUGACACCAGCAACCUUGACAGCAGCUUUAAUCCUAACCCUCCUCCGCUACCAGCCACCGACCUACGGCAAGUACCAGUUCCCCAGCUACGCCAGUUUAAUCGGCUGGAUCAUUGCCGUGAUUCCACUUCUACCUCUACCCGUCUACAUGUUCAUGACUGUCAGGGAGCACAUGGCAACACACUCCCUGAAGAAGAGUGUGAAUCUUGCCUUGAGUCCUGACGAUGACUGGGGUCCUGCUGACGACAGAUAUGGGGAGGAGUACAUGAUGAAUUCACAGCCAGAAAGCCUCCCAUCAAGGCUAAGAUCAUGGAUCUGUUCAAACAAUGAAACAACGUGAUUUCUCGUGGAUUUAUGGGGUUUAUGUGCUUUGUGUCUACACACAUUAUUUACUGACAAUAUUCGCUAAUCGCCAUUAUAUGUAACGCACGGUUGAUUUGUUACUUCUGUGGCCUGGACAUCUAAGGCGCUACAAUUCACUGUUAAGACGUGCCAGGACCUUAUAAUCGCUGGUUCGAAUCUCAUUUGCACCCUUAUUAUGAUUUUGGGUUUAUCAGCACCAUACCCAUACCCAUGUUCAAGGUUCAUUGGAGUAGAUCCGAUGUUAGACGUUCACUGCCUAGGACUUUUGAUCUAACAUCAAGCUGACAUGGCGUGAUAUAACUGAAAGAGCGUCAAGAGCAGCAAUAACUCAAGGUGUGGUGAGGUUAAAUGGGCCGUAACGUCGCGUCAGUUGCCAGGAUACACUAUUCAUGAGUUUGAAUCUCACAAUAUACAUGUUGGUUAUAAUUCUUGGUUCGUCAGCAGAUUAAACAUAUAAAAAGGAUUCACUGAAGUGGUCAAUGACAAAGAGCUGUCUCUCUUCUUUUGCAUCAGAUCUCGGAUGUAACAUCUGAUCACUGGUGUAUAAUCGCUGUAUGGAAUUUGAAGUGGUGUCACAGAUUUGUUGAGAGCUGCUUUAGCUGCAGCAUCAGCCAUUGUGUUACAAAUUAUUCCAACAUGGCUGGGCAACCAACAACAUACACUGUCGUAUUGGCCAGUAGCAAGAUCAUAAUAUAAUUCAACAAUUUCUAAUAAAAGUGGAUGAUGACAUGCAUUAUUUUGAAUGGCCUGAUGACAUGAGAGAAAGUCAGAAAAGAUGAUUAUUUGUUUGUAUUUAGAUUGGUGAUUAAUGUAUUCAAGGGCUGUUAAAAUAGCUUUGGAUUCCGCUGUAAAAAUGGAACAUGCAUCUGGUAGUCUUGACGAGAAUGUUUUCGAUCCAAUGACAGUGGCGCUAGCAACUGCACCACCAUCUUUGGAACCAUCUGUAAAUAUAGAUCUGUAAGUAUUGUAGGUAUUUCGUAACUGAUGAUAUUGCUGCUGAUACAUCAGUGGAUUUGUUUCUGAUUUCUUCAGUUUUGUUAAUUCAAGAUGUACCUGUGGUUUUACGAGUUGCCACGGGGGAGACGACAGUAUUCUUUGGAUGAGAAACCAGUAGCGGAGUGGCAGACACAGAUGUGUUGAAGAUGCGCGGAAAAGUCGGCAUGACAAUGCCAAUAUGUUUGACAGAUUUAAUUAUCUGCAUGAGGGCUGUUUCAGGAAAGAAGACAGGGCCGUACUUACAUGGACCUAUUAGUUUGUAGUUGUUGGAUUAUCAACGCCGUGUUGCACUGAAACUAGGCCUUGGGUGUUUUUUGUACGACAUGUUUAUGCAUGUUCUAGCUGUCAGAGUGUUUCACGUACACCUUUUUAGUAAUUUGUAUGCAUUAUAUAUUGUUAUUGAUGUCGUGUCAACUAUAAACAUAUGGCUGUAAUAAAUUCGCAAACAUUUUUUUACAAAUUGUAAUAUUUACUUCUACAAGUUUUUCGUUUCCGAAUAAUAAGCGAAUUUUAACCCAAAGUAGCUACGGUCGUGUGGUAAUCUGGCUGCAUGUGUAUAGACGACCGCGGAAGGUGCGAGCCGUUCUGACAAAAUGGCCGAAGAUUCAGCUGUACGAGGGCGACCUAUAUGUAGGCGAGUCUAGAAAAGAUAAUCCAGAAAGCAAAUGUGUAUGAAUGAUUCCACACCGGUGAUUCCGAUAUGAUUGUUGGUUUGUUGUUUUACACCGCACUCCGCUAUUAA